UUCAUUCCAGUCCUGCACUGCAUAUCAUCCGAGCCAAGAAUGGUCCGUUCCACCCAGCUGUUGCCCGUUGAUGGUUCAUUCCAGGCACACCCUAUCCGAAAAUGAGGAUGGUUUGAUCCAUCAUUAGAGAACUUUAGCAGUUAUGCCUAUAUAGGACCGCACCAGGGAAGGAGGCGGCUUGAUACGCAAUUAUUAUUCUGUUGUUCCGUUCCGGAGAAGAUUGACGUCUCAUUCCGCGACUCUCAGGUCUUUAUGGCCGCGCCGGGCCAGUGACUGACUGGACGCUCUUGUCCUGCCUCUUCCAGGGCGCGCGCGGCAGAGGCAAGGCCGGGGCGAUGGAGCGCUGCGCCUGCGUGGAGAGGGAGCUGGACAAAGUGCUGCAGAAGUUCCUGUGCUAUGGCCAGCACUGCGAGCGAGGUCUGGAGGAGCUGCUGCGCUACGUCAGCCAACUGAGGGAGGAGCUGGGCGCUGCAGCCUUGCAACGAACGCCACUGUCUGCUACUCUCUCCCUGGUUAUGUCCCAAUGCUGUAAGAAGAUCAAAGACACAGUGCAGAACCUAGCUUCAGACCACAAGGACAUUCACAGCAGUAUCUCUCGUGUGGGCAAAGCAAUCGAUAGGCAUUUUGAUGCUGAUUUGUGUGGCAUUGUUCCUGCUAUGGUCUGGGAGUCUCAAGAGAAGCAGAUCCUGGUGUUGGCCAUCAUAGAGCACCUCUACCAACAAGGGAUGCUGGGAGUGGCGGAGGAACUAUGUCAGGAAUCCACUGUGAAUGUAGAUGUAGACUUUAAAAAGCCAUUCCUGGAACUUAACAGCAUAUUGGAAGCUCUGCACAAACAGGAUCUGGAGCCUGCUCUGAGUUGGGCAGUCUUCCACCGACAGCAGCUGGCAGAAAUGAACAGCAAUCUGGAGUUCCGGCUGCAUCGACUCCACUUCAUCAGGCUCCUUGCUGGCGGUCCAGGCAAGGAGCUAGAGGCCCUGAGCUACGCACGCCAUUUCCAGCCCUUUGCUCACCUGCAUCAGCAAGAGAUCCAGGUGAUGAUGGGCAGCCUGGUGUACCUGCGCUUGGGCCUUAAGAAUUCUCCAUAUAAGCAUCUUCUGGAUGAGAGUCAGUGGACUGAGAUUUGUGAGAUAUUCACUCGUGAUGCCUGUGCCCUGUUAGGUCUCUCAGUGGAGUCACCGCUGAGUGUCAGCUUUGCUGCAGGAUGUGUAGCACUGCCGGUGCUGAUGAACAUCAAGGCUGUGAUUGAGCAGAGACAGUGCACAGGUGUCUGGAGCCACAAAGAUGAGCUGCCUAUUGAAAUUGAGCUUGGGAUGAAAUGCUGGUACCACUCGGUCUUUGCAUGUCCCAUUUUGCGCCAGCAGACAACUGAUUCUAACCCACCCAUCAAGCUCAUCUGUGGGCAUGUUAUUUCUCGAGAUGCCCUUAACAAGCUCAUCAAUGGAGGGAAGCUGAAGUGUCCAUAUUGUCCCAUGGAGCAGAGCCCAGCUGAUGGAAAACGCCUAAUCUUUUGAUAAUGGCAUGCCUUGGAGAUGUUCUGGUGAAAAUAGGCUAUUGGGAUAAUGCUUGAUGGAAGGUGGCAUAUGCUGACAGGAGUGGUCUUCUGCUGUGAACAGUAUUAGCUGCUACAGGCUGGGAACUGACUGUAGCUCACUGAGCCAGAGGAGAGCAAUCUUAUGUCUACUGUAAGCCAAGCCACAUUAUUCUGUACUCCUCACAACAUACUACUUCCUAGGAUUCUUCCUGGGAGCUUUAACUGGCAGUGACCCUUCCUAGCAAGAUGGUUUACACUCUCCCCAUGCAUAGCUCUACUUGUUGAGAUAGAGCUUGUAUCACAAAUAGUACACAGGGAGCUGUUGCUGCUAUUUUAAAAACACUUCAAAAUAAA